AUGGACGACGAGAUCAGCAUGUACCCGCCUCUCGGCGGCCCGGAGCCUGAGCCCGUGUCGCGCCCAGAUUCGACCUCUUCACUGGCCUCCCUGGCCCAUCUAUCGAGCAUUUCCGCUCUCGCCACCGCCGAUGGUGUUGCACCGCUGGAUGGUUCACCCCAAGCCAGGCUGAUCAUCUCGUCAGCGCUGAGCACCUCACUCAACCGCCACACAACAUGCAGCAACAUGAGCAACACGAGCAGCAGCAGCAGCAGCAGCAACAACCACAACAGCAACCGCCACAACAGCAACCGCCACAACAGCAACUCCAACAUCAGCAGGAUCAACAGCAAGUCCAACAGCAGCAGCAGCAACAUCAACAGCAACAGCAACAGCCGCUGCCACAUCAGCAAUUGGAUCAGGGCUUCUCUCACGCCGCCCCUGCUUCACAUCCCAUUCAGUCCCCUGCUGUUCGGGCCAAGAAUGAUGCCGGCCUGGUGA